AUGGUGCGAAGCGAGUCCGCGAAGGAAGACAAUCGCAAUGGAGCAGGUUUGUCACUGGCCCUGGAUCAACUUUCUGCCGAAAUUUCAGCCCUCGAGAACUCAGCCAACCUGGGCGAACGUAUACACACCUCCCUGGAGGCAUCUUUGCAGCACUUGCGCAAUGAGAUCAGCGAACUCCUGGAUAUGUGGGAGUUCCAGGUGAGUACGAGAUAA